GAGAGGUAAACAAACUUGAGACAACAACGUGUGCAGCAGAUUUGCCGAUAAGUUUGAAUUUUAUUCUAUAAUCGAUUGGUUUUGUUUUUUAAACUUUAAUCUAAAAAGCAACUACCCUAAAGAUGAAACGUUUAUCGGAAGAAAAGACUAAAGUUUUGUUUGAGAAGUUAUCGAAAUACAUCGGUUCAAACGUGAAACUGCUAAUAGACCGACCGGAUGGGACCUACUGCUUCCGGGAGAUGAAUUCUCGGGUAUACUAUAUGUCCGAGAAGAUCCUCAAGCUGGCCGAAGGCAUGAAGAAGGGCGAAUUGGUUUCGGUUGGCACCUGUUUCGGGAAGUUCACCAAGGGCAACAAAUUCAUUCUGCACAUAACGGCGUUGGCCUAUCUAGCCCCAUACGCACAGUACAAAAUCUGGGUAAAACCAUCGACCGAGCAACAGUUUCUGUACGGCAAUCACAUUACCAAGGCCGGCCUGGGCCGGAUAACAGAAAACACCCCGAUGUACCAGGGCGUGGUGGUAAUGUCGAUGAACGAUACCCCGCUAGGAUUCGGUGUGGCGGCCAAAUCGACGGCGGACUGUAAACUGGCGGAUCCCCUCGUAACGGUAGCCUUCCAUCAGGCUGACAUCGGCGAAUACAUUCGUUCGGAAGAUACGUUAAUCUAGAAUUGGUUCAAUAUAUAUAUUUUUUUAAACUA